ACCUAGAGAGCCAUCUCUUUAAUAAUUAAAAGGAAGGGGGAAAAUAACAUUUCUUGAAAGUUAACACAGCAAUCCAAUCUGGCAGUAUAUUCAGUGUUCCACAUUCAUAAUUCACCCCUUCUACAAAGAAAGAUACAUCCUCAUAAUUUUUCUUUGGGGGCAAAGGCUGCCUGUCCCAAUGACAAUUUUGAUUUUUGUUGUUUUUCUUCCCGUUUACAUGGUUGUAGACAUCGCAUAUAGUUUUCCUGGUUCUGUUCGCUUCACUUAAUAUCCGUUUAUAUCUUCUCAGUCUUCCCUCUAUUUUUCAGAUUCAUCGUUCCUCUGUGCGCAUAAUAUUCCAUUGCAUUCAGGAAUCCACAAUCUGUUCAGACGUUUUUUCCAGUCAAUGAGAUUUUUCACUUUAUUUCCAAGUUGUUACUAGGAAGAGGCAGCUAGGUGGCGUAGCAGAGCUUGGAGUCAAGAAGGCAUCCAUUCAAAUCCUACCUCUGGCAAUAAUAGUUUUGUAACUGUAACCAAGUCAUUUAAUGCUUCAACCUCAGUUUCCUCAUCUGUAAAUGGAUUCAAUAACCUACCUUCCAGUUCUAAAUCUAUGAUAAAUAGAAAAGUACUCGCAACACAAUUAAUUAAUGUUUAUUUCCCAAGUUAUCCAUUCCAUUUUUUUUCUCUUUCCAAACAAUUUUCCUUACUGUGGUGAGAAUGACCUUGCUAAAGCAGGGUUCAAACCAUACCAUUUCCAGUUCAGGAACCUCGUUAUCUCCUCAAUUGUCUCAAAGGAGAUGAGGCAGGUAAAGUAUUUUAUUCAAACUUUAAAGUGUUACAUAAAUGCUAGCACAAAUGGAGGCCAAGCUCUUUGGCAUUCAAAGCCUUCCAUUAAUCCGAACCCAAUUUUCACAUCUAACCUCUCUCCAGGACCUACUCUAUGCUAGUCUCUUUCCUUCCCUUAAUUUGUCACCAUUCCAUUGAAAGGAUUAGUUUAGCAAACCACAUUCCUGUUUGGAGCAGUGAAAAUGUUAGUUCUGGGAACUGGGAAGAGAUGAGAAUUCUACCUCAGAAUAUUAUAUCCUCCAGGAGCUUUCCCAAAGUAGAUCUACAACAAAAUCAGAGUUUUCGGAAUCAUUCACCUUGGGCCCAGCCAUGUGAUCCAAUGGGGGAAGAGCCGGGAAAGACUCAAGAAUAAUGUCGUCCUCCCCAGACCCCCCACCUCCCCACCUCCCAGCUGAGCUCUUCAGCUCUGGGGCAGCUCCGCUUCAGGUCGCUGGCAGCAGCCUCCGAGUGACAAGCUGUUUGGUUUUAAUCCUCCACAUUCUUUGCUGUACCAUAACCCCUUUGGCCGGAUGGGGCUAUCCUCCCCGCUGCUGCUGAUGUCAGACACACGCUCGCUCUCCCACUUAGCCGGGGCAGGAGUAUACUGCAGGCUGCAGCGGGGACUCUCCAGCCCAAGUCCAGGUGGAUACAAACUCCCAGGCACGCACCGAUCCCCGGAAAGGGAGAAGGGGGGAGGGGGAGGCGUGGAAAAAAAAAAAAAGGGCAGCUCCUUCCCGCCCUCCCCUUCUCCAGAAACCGAGGCUGGGGGAACCUAGAAGCAAAGCAAUGCUGAACAGGGAUUGUUCCUCCUUUCUACCCCAACAUUAGCUAAACCGGGAGUUGCCUGGGGCGGGGGGUGGGGUGGGGGGAACUGGAAAUCUUGUUUACCGCCGGAGGAGGAAAAUAUAUCAAGCCUUUGUCUGGUGAAGUCUGCAUCUCUCUUCUCUCCUCAGCUGCAAUGGGCUCCUGGUGACAUUAACAUUUGGAAAGACUGGGAAAAAGGGGUGGGGGGCGGGAGGCGGUGGAUUGGUGGAUUUCGUUUUUGGAGGGGAAGGGGGGGAGCUUUGUGCAUUAAUUUAAAUUAGAAAAUUUUGUGUUUCCUUCCCCCUCCUCCCCCGGUGUCGGGCAGGUCUUGAUCUCAAUCGCCCCCUUUUAAAGCCCGGGUUGCUAAUCCCGAGCUAUUUCGAGCGGGUCUCCCUCCCUUUGUGAUUUUGGCCACAUCGCGUUGUGAGGGAGGGGGGGGAUCUCUUAGAAGGGGGAAAAAAGGGAGGGGGAAACCCACGAACCCAAACCUUGACAUGCUCUCAGCGAGAGGAGGAAGGAAGCAGAAGCAGCAGCAAUAGCAGCAGCAGCAGCAAGCAGCGGCAGCAGCCCAGCAGCAGCAGCUCCGAACGGUCGGGAGGUGUUGUUUUCUGCUCGGGGCAGCGCUUGGGUGUCUGUAUGCUGGCACUCGAUCUCGCCCGUGUUUGAGAAAGCUGGUUUACUUGGGGGGCUGCCCCACCCCCCCACUGCCCGCCUCUGGGGGCCUGCCUCGUCUAGGAGAGGGUGCAGAUAGAACUCGAACUCGCCCGCCUGGCCGUCCCUUCUGAGGUUCGCUGCUCUGCACCAACCCCCGGGACAGCAGGAAUAUGCUCUUGAAGGAGUACCGGAUAUGCAUGCCGCUGACCGUGGACGAGUACAAGAUAGGACAACUGUACAUGAUCAGCAAACAUAGCCAUGAGCAGAGUGACCGCGGAGAAGGGGUAGAGGUUGUCCAGAAUGAGCCCUUUGAAGAUCCUAACCAUGGCAAUGGGCAGUUCACGGAGAAGCGGGUGUAUCUCAACAGCAAAUUGCCUAGCUGGGCUAGAGCUGUGGUCCCCAAGAUAUUUUAUGUUACAGAGAAGGCUUGGAACUAUUACCCUUAUACAAUUACAGAAUACACAUGCUCAUUUUUGCCAAAAUUCUCCAUUCAUAUAGAAACCAAGUAUGAGGACAACAAAGGAAGCAACAAUAGCAUUUUUGACAAUGAAGCCAAAGAUGUAGAACGAGAAGUUUGUUUUAUUGAUAUUGCCUGUGAUGAAAUCCCUGAGCGCUACUAUAAGGAAUCUGAGGAUCCUAAACAUUUUAAAUCAGAGAAAACAGGGAGAGGACAUUUAAGGGAAGGCUGGAGAGAUAGUCACCAACCAAUCAUGUGCUCCUACAAACUGGUGACUGUGAAAUUCGAAGUCUGGGGACUUCAGACCAGAGUAGAACAAUUUGUACACAAGGUGGUCCGAGAUAUUCUGCUGAUCGGGCACAGACAGGCUUUUGCGUGGGUUGAUGAGUGGUAUGACAUGACAAUGGAUGAAGUCAGAGAGUUUGAAAGAGCAACUCAGGAAGCCACUAACAAGAAAAUUGGAGUUUUCCCACCUUCAAUCUCUAUCUCCAGCAUUUCCCUACUGCCUUCUGCAAUCCGCACUGCUCCCUCCAGUGCUCCAUCUACACCUCUCUCCACAGACGCUCCAGAAUUCUUGGCAGUUCCCAAAGAUCGACCUCGAAAAAAAUCUGCCCCAGAAACUCUCACUCUUCCAGACCCUGAGAAGAAAUCUACACUGAAUUUACCUGGUGUACAUUCUUCAGACAAGCCAUGUCAGCCCCAAGAGUAACAAUGAAUAAAAUUUCAUGGUUUUUUUUUUGUUUUGGUUUUUUUUUCUCUAUUGGUGGGGUUUUGUUGGGUUUUUUUGUUUUUUAGGAUUCUUCUGAUAGAGAAAAACUGCUUUGUUACUCAGAUUCAUUCCUUCAGAUCUCUCAAUGAGCAUGCAUGUGAUUAUGUAAUUCCGCAUAUAAUCUGAAUUCCAAAGUACACCAUACAGCAUCCAUAGUACAUUUCAGGAAAUAGUCUGAUGAUAAAUUGCAAAGGACAAAAGGAAUCUUCUGUUUUAGUAAUCAUAAACCAGGAAAUAGACUCUGAUGUCAAUAUGUGAUUAAGUUGGUAAGGACUCCAAGGGUAAACCAAUGAAUACUCAGUGAAGAGGACAAAAGUCCAUCUUCCCAUUAAACCUGAAUUUCUAAAAAUAUAUGUAUUGAAUAGUCUCAGGCUUGACAUACUUAGUUGUUAAACUUUGAAUUGAUUAUCACCAAUACUUGAACACCCAUAGUGAUUGUCCAGAUUCAUAUUUUGUUUAAUCUGACUCAGGAUUUGGGGCCUAAUUAACUCUUUAAACUUUAAAAAAAAAGUAUUAAUAUACCAAGGCUCCAAGUGCAAUUAUUGAUAACUGACUUUAUGGCCAUUAAUCCUAUUUAUACCUUACACAGAAUUUGUAAUGGAAAAAGAUUCCACUUGUUUCUACCUUUUAAUAACUUUCCCUUCUGAUCUCCUAUGGCCUCCAACUCUGUUGCUUGAAUGAGGGAACCCUUAACUGACUGCUCUGGGCAUGAUUUAGGAAUUAGAAGGCUUAGGUGAAACAAGCCUCUUCCUUCAUUCUCUAAAAUCUCCAUUCUCUGACUUAGGAACUCAAGUUAUCCACAGAAGAUGUCAAAGUUCCACAUUAGCAGAAUGGAACUGAUAGAUCAUUGUGCUAGGAGGGUUUUAUCAGAAAUAUAGAGGGGAAGUAAGGUAAUGUGUCAAUAAAGUCCUGUGAGAGAGUCCUAAAAACACCUUUUGGGGGGGGGGUUAUUUUCUGCCUCCUGUUUUCUUUCAUUGUGGGUUCUUGGUAAGUGACUCCUCCCUGAGACCUCUUAUCCAUUCUUCAACUGUUAUUUUCAAUAUCUUUCCUUGAGGUCAUAAAUGAAUAUGUCACUGGAGCCAAGUGAAUAGCAAGAGGAAAAGGGGUGGGGUGGGGUGGUUUCUAUCAUUACUGACAUAGAAGGCAUGGGUAGAAUCACUGACCCCUACUUGCAAACUAAAGAGUAGACUCAAAUGAGGUUAUAUCUGUAAAGUUCUUAGCACAGUGCCUAACACAUAGUAGGUGCUUAAUAAAUGCACAAUCUCUUCCCCCCCCCCCACCACCACCAAAUAA